UUCCAUUGCACGCUACACCGCUCAAGUAGUGUACGAUCUAAAUACAGUAUAAGCAAACAAUGUAACACAGGUUAAAAUCGGUGAUUCUAACUUUCGUUUAAGAAGAUUCGCUGAAAGAGUGUGAUUACCUGGUUUAUUUAUAAAUCAGCGGAUAACAUGAUUUCGGAGUUACAGUUAAAACUGCCCAAGCGCCACUUCAUAAGAAUGUUUGAAUAAAGGAUCGACAAACAAAGGAAACGCCGGAAAAGUUAAGAAGACGCAUUAAGACAUCUUCUGCCAUUGGUAACGAGUGGAUGAUAACACCUGAUAAUUUGAAUGCUAACUUUAACUGUGUCUUCCGGCCAUAUCAUCCGCGAACAACUUUCAACAGCAUCUAAUCUCUCUGUGCCAUGAUAGAGAAAAAAAUUUGAGCGUCUUCUUAGAUAAAGCAUUAAACCAGAUAUUGAGUUACCAUGGCGACUGUGGCUGGUACCUAUCUCCACGUGUCUGACAUCGUAGUCAUCAUCGUUUACUUCCUGCUCGUGCUAUUCGUUGGAUUAUGGAGUUCACGAAAGAACCGGGGUAGCGCUGGCGGGUAUUUCCUUGCCGGACGAAAUAUGAACUGGAUUCCGGUCGGAGCUUCGUUGUUUGCUAGCAACAUCGGCAGCCUCCACUUCGUCGGCAUGGUCGGUUCUGGGGCAGCCGCCGGCAUCGCCAUAUACCUCUAUGAGCUGAACGCCAUGUACGUGUUGAUGAUACUUGCCUACAUAUUUCUUCCCGUAUACAUCGCAUCUGGGGUGUUCACGAUGCCGGAGUACCUGAAGUUGCGAUUCGGCGGGAACCGGAUACAGAUCUAUUUGGCCGUGCUGGCUCUUCUAGUCUACAUCUUCACCAAGAUCUCAGCAGAUUUAUACGCAGGGGCCAUUUUCAUCGAGCAGUCUCUCAACUGGAAUAUCUACCUCUCCAUCCUAGUACUUCUUGCCGUGGCUGCAGUGUUCACAAUAGCGGGCGGCCUGACAGCGGUCAUCUGGACUGACUUCAUCCAGACCAUCAUCAUGUUGAUAGGAGCACUCGUUUUGGCAGUCAUGGCGUUCAUAGAGGUAGGCGGUAUCGCCGGGAUCAAGGCCAAGUACCCGGAUGCGGUCUCCAACCACACGCGCCACAGCGAAGCGAACAGCACGUGCGGGCGCCCACGGGGGGACUACAUGCACCUCUUCCGGGACCCUGUUACCGGUGACAUACCCUGGCCAGGCCUAAUCGGUAUAACAAUCAACUCCAUAUGGUACUGGUGUUCGGACCAGGUGAUAGUGCAGCGCGCCCUUGCGGGGAAGACGUACGACCACGCAAAGGCGGGCACGAUCCUGUGCGCGUACAUCAAGAUACUUCCGCUCUUUAUGCUCGUACUUCCGGGCAUGAUUGCGCGCAUCCUGUUUCCAGAGACUGUGGGGUGUACAGACCCGGAAAUAUGUAAAGAAGUGUGCGGCAGUCCUGGGGGCUGUUCAAACGUAGCAUACCCCACCCUUGUAGUUAACCUACUUCCUCCAGGCGCGCGCGGUAUGAUGCUCGCGGUUAUGAUGUCAGCGCUGAUGUCAUCGUUGACGUCAAUAUUCAACAGCAGCAGCACCAUAUUCGCCAUGGAUAUCUGGACCCACAUCCGGAAGAAGGCGUCCGAACUGGAGCUGAUGAUUGUGGGAAGGAUGUUCGUGAUUGUCCUCGUCGUUAUAAGUAUCAUCUGGAUCCCGGUCCUGCGGCUGACUGGUACCGAGCUUUAUGUGUAUAUCCAGGAGGUGUCCAGUUUCCUACAGCCACCUAUAUGCUGUAUUUUCCUCCUAGCCAUAUUUUGGCCUCGCCUUAACGAGCAGGGCGCGUUCUGGGGCUUAGUUUUCGGUAUGUUGGUCGGCCUGGCCCGCUUCGUGGGCGAGUACUCAUUCAAAGCGCCCGUGUGUGGGGAAGAGGACACCCGCCCCGGCAUCAUCAAGAACUUCCACUAUCUAUACUUCUCCAUAUUUUUGUUCGUUGUUACCGGAAUGGUCGCCACUAUCGUUACCAUGGCCACCAAACCCAUAGAUCGCCGCUGUUUGUACCGGCUCACAUUCUGGACGCGUCACAGCAAGAAGCCGCGCCUGGAUAUCGACACCGUGCACGCGGACUACUCGAGCUCGAGCAGUGGAACCUCCUCCGAGUCGCAUGAACGCGAGAUGCAGGUGCUCAAACAAACAGACGAGAGUGAGGAUUUUCCAGAAAAGCCAGAGAAUACCGAGGCGGGGGACGUUAUAGUUGAAGACUCCGAAAAUAACGCAAACCACGGGGGUACUUCCUGUUAUCGCCGGAUAUUCAACUGGAUCUGUGGACUGGAGAAUGUCGACAAGACUCAUAUAAACAAGCGGAAGGUUCAGAGGGUGGAUAUGGUAGAUAUCGCUGAGCAGCCUCGCUGGAAACUCGUCUCCAACGUAGCAGCAGUCGUCUGUAUGAUAUGCAUGAUCACCGUCGCCAUCGUGUUUGCAUAAACACCGUAGCCAUCGUGUAGGCCUAGACACCUUAGCCAUCGCGUUUAUAUAAACACCGUCGCCAUCGUGUUUGCAUAAACAAGGUAGCCAUCGUGUUUGCAUACACACCGUCCCGAUCGUGUAUACAUAAACACAGUAGCCAUCGUGUUUGCAUAAACACAGUGCCGAUCAUGUUUGCCUAAACACCGUCGCCAUACUGUUAGCCUUCGCACACAGUAACGCAGCAAUUGGUCAAUAUAUUGUGUAAACACCCUACUAUAAGUACAUAUAUUUAACGAAAAGAUGUUAAAAACACCGUACUACAUUACAUUAAAAACACCGUACUACAUUACAUUAAAAACACCGUACUAUAUGGAACUUGCUUACAAGAUUGUACAAAUAUCGUGCUACCUAGACUUUUGUGGCUAGAUUGUAAAAACCCCGCAGUACGUGGUCAUUUACGGCUCUUUGGUAAAAACAUCAUACUACGAAGACAUUGUUGAGUGCUUUAGCUUAACACAGUACAAUGUGGAUAUUGCUGAAUAUAUUUAAUAAAUACCGAGCUACCUAAGUA